AUGAAUGAAACAACAACAGACGAUAAUAAAAUCGAAUCUCAACCACCAAUAAUACAUGUUGUUGAAGAUUCUAUUGCAUCUCGUACCAAAGAAAUAACCAAACGACCAAAACGUGAACGUAGUCCAACUGUUCAAAUUCAACCACCAGCACCUAAAAUAAAAAAAGUCAAAGAGGUCGCACCCAAAUUACCAGAUAAAACAAAAUGGACUAUGGAAGAACAAAAACAGUUUUUUAGUGCACUUCGAAUUUAUGGAAAAAAUUUCGAAGCACUGGGUCAAUUUUUUAAUACUCGACGUCGUCUUGUGAAUCCUGAAGCACAACAACGUACAUUUGGUCAAAUACGUUGUUUUUAUUAUCGUUCAUUUCGUACAGUUUCAAAACUAUGUACAUUUACUGAUGAAGAAAAAUCUAAUGUUGAUUCACUUGAAUUACGUUCUGUUCUUGCUUAUUUAUGUUUAAAACCAAAAGUUAAAUGUUUUGAUAAAAAACCAACAAUAUCUGUUUUACAUCAACUUAUUCGUAAUGGUAAUGCAUUUUUACGUGUAAAAGGACAACGAGAACAUGUAUCCAUUAUUGGCAAAGCAUUAAAACCUCCAAAGACAGCAAAUACACUUGGUUCAUCAAAGCAAACCGAUCGUACAUUAUCAAAACAUGUUAAAAUUUUAUUAAGUCCAUUAUCAUCAAAUGCAUAUAUGCGUGUUGGAUUAUCAUGUCGAUAUCCACAUGUUGAAGUUUUAUUAUCACGUUCAACAACCAUUUAUGACUUUAUCGAUAAAUUAACACAAUAUUGGCAAUUAAAUAAUCAUGCGCAAACUUUAUUUAAAGAUGAUUUAUCAACAGAACAAUUCAUUUUAUAUCCACAUGGAUCGUAUUUAACAUCAACAGAUUCUCCACUUAUAACAACUGAUACAACAUCAAUACUUGAUCUUUCUUCACAAAAACAAUUACGUUCACGAUCAGAUUCUGAACAUUCAGUAGAACCAUCAACAGAUUCAUCGUUAAAUUUAAUUCGUAAAAGAAAUAAUUUAUCCGAAAGUGAAGUAAAUAAUGAAUUAAUAGGAGUUAAUAAUUCAUCCAUAUCUCCACCAGCAACAACAACAACCACAACAGCGAGUACAAAUAAAUCAAAUUUAGCGCGAACAGCUAUUUUAUUAGCAGCAAAACGAGCUGCUAGUUAUAACAAUAAUAAUGCGAAUAAUUACGAUGGAUCAACUUUUACAGUUAUUGAUGGUACAGAAGAUGAAGCGGAUAGUAGUGCUGGUUUAUUUAAACAACGAUUUGAUGCUAUUGAUCUUACAGAUGAGUUUGCUUCUGAAGAUGAAAUUGAACCUGAUGUCAAUGUAUCUGUUCCUAUACCUACAACAGCACCAACAACAACAACAAAUAAUCCAACAAUUACAUUAGCUGAUCUCUCUCAAGGUAUAACUCGAACAAAUCCACUAUUUUCUACAUUAACUAUUGGAGAAUUACAAAAAUUACUUCAACGUCCUAAAGAAAUUCGUCUUAUUUAUGAUUUUAAUAAUUUAUCUCGUACAAAUACAAAUGAAUCAUCAUCAUCAUCAACAACUUUUCUUCAUUAUAUUAUUCAAAUAGCAAAUCAAUGUUUAACAUCUAUUGCUGAACGACAAUCACAAACUGAAAUGAAAACAUCAAAAAAAACCAAUACAAAAAAACAACAAAUAUCACGAUCAAAAUGUUAUUGUUCAUGUUGUUCGUAUCAUCAUCAACAUCAAUCUGCUAAUAAAGAUCAACGACGAACAUCAACAAAAGCUGCUAAUUCACCAAAUGCAGAAAUUUGUGCUUUAUUACAAAUGCCACAAACAAUACCAAAUCAAGAUUUUUCAAAUGAAGAUAUAUUAACAGUACAAACAUCAUUAAAUAACAAUAAUACAAAUUCAAUAUCAGACGGAGAUUUGCAUAAUAAACAAUCUUUAUUAUCACAAUGUGAUGAACAAGUUGAUAUUUUUGAUACUCUUUCUUGGCCAUCGAAUACAACAACAAUGUCCAUGGAACAAUCUCAAGUUGCUUCUAUUCAACCGCCACAACCACCAAUCACAACAUCAACUAAUACAACAACUGAACUUCCACCUUUAUUAACAUUAUUGCUUCCAAUGAUGAAUGGUGUUGAGCCAACUCCUCCACCACCUCCUCAACCUAAACCAGCUGCUAUUAUAUUUAGUAGUAAUAAUGGUAUUAUCGAUGAUCCAUUAAUUCAAUCAUUAGCUGCUGAACAAGCUGCAUCAGCACAUAAUUAUGAUCUUUUAUCCUAUCGACAUAAACGAGUUCGCCGUCCAUUACGUUAUGGUGAUCAAUCAACUCGUCCUUCAAAUAUUCAACUUUUACUUGAUGCAAAUAUAAAUGCUCAACAAAAUGCAGCAGCAGCAAAUCAACGUUUAAUGUUUAAUUCAAAUAAUAAUGUUAAUUUUUCAACAUCAUCUGAUAAUCCAUUUCGUAGUGAUUGUGAAAAUCCAAAUGAUCUUCUCAAUGAUAAUACUAAUAUGAGUACUAUUUCAUUAAGCACAACGAUUGUCAAUGCAGCUUUACAAAGCAAUACUUCACGAAUGUUACGUCUCGACUGGCCAGAUAACAUGUCUGAUUUGUCGUUUGGGAGUUUUCCGGAUUUACUUGAAUCAACUAUGUCAUCUGGGGAACUAAACAAUUUUGAACAGUCGACAAUCAAUGAACAAAAUAAAUGUGCAUCUGGAAGUUCAAUAUCAGAAGCAUUAUUUGCCAUUAAUAAUACGACAAAUUUAUUACUUCAAAAUUGA